CCGAACCAUUCACAUCUAUACUCGGCCCAGUGCGGCUGAUUUUUCCCUUCGGAUAUUUUCUUUCGAGAACGAUCCUUCGUUGAGCCUACCAAAUGCCCAAACCAACGAGCUCCAAAACUGCCAUAAGCGCAAAUGCAAAUGGCACGCCAACUACGAAGAACUUGGAGGUAGAGUCCGGACUCCUCCAAACAUUACAGGGACACGUGGACGACCUGCGGCCGUUUAUACAAUGUGGAAUUUGCAUUAGACCGUUAUACGAACCUUUCACUCUCGCCUGCGGACAUACUUUCUGUUACACCUGUUUGACAUCGUGGUUUUCCGAAGGAAGGUCGAAUAAAACAUGUCCAGACUGUCGAACCCCGGUUGUAGCACAGCCGGCGCCGGCUUAUUUGGUUCGUGCAAUAGUACAGUCAUGGAUGAGCCGCGCCGAACUUCUUGAAAAGGGAGAGACCACCGCAGAUCACGUCAAGAACCAACGCGAAGAAUCCGACAAGGUUGACCAGGACAAGAAGAACGAGCAUCCACGGGAGGGGGGGUUAUUCCGGGGCGCAUUCAGACACCCGCCAAUUACGCAGCCUAUUGUCGACCUUGAAGACAACGUUAUCCGCUGUCCACAAUGCGGCUGGGAACUUGAAGAUGAUGUUGAGUGCGGACACUGCGGAUACAUUGGAGAUUUAGAUUCUGAUGCGGGUGAUUCACAAUGGAGUGGCACAGAGGAAAAUUCGGAAAUGGCCGAUUUUUUUGAAGAAGAAGCCCAGGAUGAUUUCGACGGCGCCGAUGCCUUCCAUGGCGACCAUGGAAUAUUCGCCUCUUUUUUCCCCCCUGGAUCUUUCAGUCGUCCUUCUGGAUCUCUCGGCUGGCGUAAUACACGGGUAAUUGGCGACAGUGAAGACGAAGAUCCGGAAUUACGCAAUGAGUACGAUGAUACGGACAUGGAAUCUUUUAUCGACGAUGAUGAGCAUGUCGAGUACGAUACUGGAUCAGACCCGACCACAGUGGUUGGCGGUCAUGGGUUCAACACACAGGUCUACAAUAGUCAGGAUCAUAGCGCACAAGAUCACGAUUCGCAUACGGGUUCCGAAAUUCCGAUGACUCAGGAAGAUGGAUAUGCCAGCUUCUCCUCCAUGGACGAGGGUUCAGAAGACGAUGACAGCGGUAAUGGCGACGAAGAAGAAGAAGAGGAAGAGGAAGAAGAAGAAGAUGAUGAUGAUGAUGAUGACGAUGACGAUGAUCCCAUCCGGCCACCUGUGACUGGACUCCGACGACUAGUUCCAGGGCCAAACGGCACUUUGAGGAGAGGUACUGACGUGAGAGGGCGUCUUGGGAGUAACCAGCGCAGCACGCGUUCUAACACGGCGGGGUCAUCGGCUCACAAUACAAUUGAUAUUUCGGACGACAGUAAAGAUUCCGACAGUUUCAAUGAUCCUGACGACUCUGACGACUCUGACGAAGGGCCAGUGGCACCGUCCAGAAGGACAAGGGGUCGAAUCAACGGAGCCUAUUGAUCUCUCGAGUCCAUUACCUUUAGCGGAUCGAUUUCGCACUUCAAGUGUACGACCGCUCCACUAACGAAGAUUAUAGAGUUUUACGAUGA